AUGAGAGUGGACCAGGUGCUCACUGGGGGGAGAGUAUCGACCUACCUGUCUCGAUUUGGUAACCAUAUGCUGCAUGAGCGACACUGGACUAUAGUGCUCUUCUUCUCACUCAUUAUGAUUGUGGGCGAGUACAUGUUUAUUCCUCAAGCAUGGCCAAAGAUCGGACCUCUCACGAAAUGCGUUGUCGCCAUCACGGUCUUUCUCCCUUACCUAUUUCUCUACCUGGCAUGUUCCGCCGAUCCGGGCUACAUCACGCCUGAGAACCAUGCAUAUUACAUGUCACUCUAUCCGUAUGAUCACACAUUAUUUCACCCAGGUCAUGUAUGUCGGACCUGCAAAUUCCUGAAGCCUCCUCGCUCCAAGCACUGCAGUCUUUGCAAGCGUUGCGUCGCCAAAUCUGACCACCACUGCGUCUUCAUCAACUCAUGUGUUGGUUAUGGGAACCAGCACUGGUUCUUGUUGUUGCUGCUGUCCACUGCUUUUCUAUGCACCUAUGGUGGCUUCCUCGGGAUGUCAAUCAUUACAGUGCGGGUGCAAAGAUACAGUCCUGGAUGGUCUAUAUGGAAGCCCAGCCAUAUGACUGUUACUCAGUAUCUGGCCGGUUGGGGCUGGGGCAUCCAGGAUAAUGUCAAUAUGGGAGCUUCAUCCCUUCUUGCUGCUCUUACAUCUCCACUUGUCUGGGGACUUCUCCUCUACACACUGUAUCUUGUUUACUGUGGUACUACGACGAACGAGACUCUCAAGUGGUCAGAGUGGAAAGAGGACAUGGCCGAUGGGUUUGCGUUCCGCCGGUCUAUGCCCGCGGAUCGCGAGAAGAACGAACGAGUCGAGCCUCGUUGUGCGCGCUGGCCAGUUGAUGUUCAGCAGAUAAUUGUUACAACCCAGGAUGGACAGCCUCCAGCCGAGAAUCUCCGGCUUCCUGGGCAAGGCUCAUGGGAGCGUGUCUGGAAUUUGAGCAAUGUUGAGAAUCUAUACGAUAUGGGAUUGUGGGAUAAUUUGGUUGACGUCUUUGUGCCUGACUAUGGAUUUGGUCAAAGGGCUGACGAGCCAAAUGCAGAGAGACGGCGUAGGAGAUAA